ACUGGCUCUAGGGGGAAUGUGGGAGGGAGCGAUGUUGCUUAGUGUACUCCUGCCAUGGCUGCAGCGGUGUGGACUGACCGAGGGCGGAGGGCCGUGACUGUUGCCGGGACAGUGACGAGAGCCAGAUCCAGUCACACGGCUUUAAAAUCCCAGUAUGACGCGCUGGUUAUCGGAGGAGGACACAAUGGACUGGUGGCGGCUGCCUAUCUUCAGAAGGGUGGAUUAAUGACAGCAGUGUUGGAGCGCAGACAUGUGCUGGGAGGAGCAGCUGUUUCAGAGGAGAUAUUUCCUGGUUUCCGCUUCUCCAGAUGCUCCUAUUUGCUCAGUUUGUUACGACCCCACAUAUACAAAGACCUAGAGCUCAAGAAACAUGGGCUGAAGGUGUAUAUGAGAGACCCCCAUGCUUUCACUCCGAUGUUGGAGGAGGGGGUGAAAGGUGUGCCACCAAGGUCUCUCACCCUGGGCUCAGAUCUGGCCAUGAACCAGAUGGAGAUUGGCAAGUUCUCACAGAAGGAUGCUAAGGCUUUUCCAGAGUUUGUUGAACAUCUUGAGAAGCUAGCAGGAGCUAUUCACCCUCUCUUGGAUGCCCCUCCUGUUGACAUUCCAGGUGUCACCACUGGAUCACUCAGGAUGAGGCUGAGUGCAGCUAAAACUCUGACGCCUAUUAUCAAAUGUGGUCUGAAACUAGGCAGAAACAUUCCAGAUUUUUAUGAGAUUAUAACUGCACCAAUAAUGAAGAUUCUCAAUCGGUGGUUUGAGUCUGAGCCACUUAGAGCAACACUGGCAACUGAUGCUGUGAUAGGAGCCAUGACCAGUCCAAGUAACCCUGGUAGUGGGUAUGUGCUCUUACAUCAUGUGAUGGGAGAGUUGGAGAAGGAGAAAGGAGCAUGGGGUUAUGUGGAGGGAGGCAUGGGAGGUGUGUCUCAGGCUAUUGCUAGUGCUGCUCGAUCCUAUGGUGUAGACAUUUUUACUGAGAAGGAUGUAAGACAGGUCCUGGUUGGUUUGGAUGGUGCUACCAAGGGAGUGGUGCUAAAGGAUGGCACGGAGAUCCACAGUAAAGUUGUUUUAUCAAAUGCUACUCCAUAUGUCACCUUCAAGAACCUCACGCCGCAGGCUGUCCUUUCUCCAGAGUUCAUCAAAACUGUAGAGCAGAUAGACUACACAUCACCUGUUACCAAGAUCAAUGUGGCAGUGGACAAGCUACCAAACUUCCUAGCAUCUCCCACGCCAGAUGGCAAACCUGGACCCCACCAUCAGUGCUCUAUACAUCUCAACUGUGAAAGUGUAGAAGUACUGGAGACCGCAUACAAAGAGGCCAUGAAUGGACGUCCCUCAGUAAGACCCAUGCUGGAGAUGACCAUCCCCUCUGUGUUGGAUCCUACUCUGGCUCCCCCUGGCUGCCAUGUUGUGUCACUAUUUACCCAAUUCACCCCCUACCACAUAGAUGGCAGGGAGUGGACUGACCAGGACCGAGAGGCCUUCGCAGACACUGUAAUUGACUGGGUGGAGCAAUAUGCCCCGGGGUUUAAAAAAUCAGUGGUGGGAAGGGACAUCCUGGCUCCCCCUGACCUGGAGAGGAUCUUUGGGCUCACUGGAGGGAAUAUCUUUCAUGGAUCAAUGUCGCUGGACCAACUCUACCUAGCACGACCUUUGCCCUUUCUCUCAGACUACCGUUCACCAGUUAAAGGGCUGUAUCUGUGUGGCAGUGGCUGCCAUCCAGGUGGUGGCGUGAUGGGUUCUCCUGGAUGGAACGCAGCACUCACUGUCAUGGCUGACCUGAAACGUCGCUGAACAUCUGACAACAUCAGUGUGUGGACACCUCAGCAAGGCUAUACCUCUCAUUUGUAUGAUUCUUUUUAAUCUGACUGGUUUGAGCAAAACAUUUCUGUACUCACUCCAACCAUCUUUUUGCUCAGUCGUCCCUCCACCAUAUCAUGUUGUGAAUCUUGUUUGUAAGUACUGUAAAUCUGAAAAAAGAUAAAAAGGGGGAUUAAUGGUUGAUUUAAUAAAAAACUGACAUGUGAUCAAAGAGACAUGGAGAAGAGCAAUAAAAUAGUGGAUAUCACUCCUGAAAUUAAACAUUGGUGCAGGACUACCGCACAAAAUCCUGGUGUGACACCAUUUAUGAAAUCAUCUAACUGAACCAGCAGAAAAUCAUGGAAACAGCAUCAGCACAACAUUAAUGCUGAAGCCAAACACAACUUUAGACUAACUGAUACUUGUCUUAAUGAAAUGAAGUAAAACUGUUAAUGUAAUCAUGAAUCAUGGAAAUGUUGCACAAUGGAACUUUUUACAAUUCUGUAUGAAUAAAUUCAAAUGAAUUCAA